AUGGGAAAUCUGUUGGGCAGCUUGCGUUUCAAGGAGCCGAGCACCGUUGAGGAAUGCGACUCGACGUGGGGGUCGGACUCGGAGAGCGAAGAGCCGGCGGCUGAGGAUGACAGCGGCAUCUCCGACUCCGUCAGUCCGGCGGAGAGCGACCGGGCCGCCGGAGACACGUCUCCGCAGCUGACUGACUCCCCAGAGUCUGCUCCAAAGAUGAAGAGGAGUUUCUAUGCUGCCAGGGACCUCUACAAGUACCGUCACAGCUACCCGAACUACAAAAGGUCCCGGCAACCCAAUGAGUACCGUAACCUGCGCUUCUACCUGAACAAGAUCCCUCUAGUACCUGACGGUAUCUAUAUAGAGGAGAUUCUGUCUAAGUGGAGAGGCGACUAUGACAAACUGGAGCACAAUCACACUUACAUUCAGUGGCUGUUCCCAUUACGAGAACAAGGGCUCAACUUCUACGCACAUGAACUGACUCAGGAUGAGAUCAAAGAAUUCCAAAGCACUCGUGAAGCUAAGCGGAGAUUCCUGGCGGCCUAUUCCCUGAUGUUGGACUUCUAUGGCAUCAAACUGCUGGAUAAGAGCGGAAAUGUUGCUCGGGCUUCCAAUUGGCAGGAGCGCUUCCAGCACCUUAAUGAGUCCCAGCACAACUACCUGCGGAUCACUCGCAUCCUGAAGUCACUGGGUGAAUUGGGCUAUGAGGCCUUCAAGGCCCCGUUGGUUCGCCUCUUUCUGGAGGAGUCGCUGUGCCACAACAUCCUUCCAAACAUGCAGCACAGUGCCCUGGAGUACUACGUCUACACCAUCCGCCUCCCAGCCACGCGCAGACGCCUGCUUCGCUAUGCCCGCCAGCACUACAGGCCUGCCCAUGCCUUCCUCUGGGGUCCACCACCUAAAAGGCGAGGUGGAGGCGUUGGUACGGGAGGUACUGUGGGUGCUGGAAGUAGCGGGAUCAGAGCACCUGCGCCAACACCAGAGCAACAGAGGAGAGAGGAGGAGAGCACCACCUCCAGCUCUACAAGAAGUGGGAUUAUUGUGUCUUCCCAUGAUGCCAUGAUGUGCCCGGAUCUGGCCGGAGAGGGACCGAAGGGCUACGCAGGACUAGGGUCUAACAUGGCUGGACUGGAGGGAGCGUUGAUGUUGGUGGGAGCUAGAGGAGGGAGGAACGAGUACAAUGAAGUUGUUCCUUUGUAGGGAAUAGGAAUUGGUUUGAUUGAUAUCAGGUUUUAAAAGCAGAAAAAAUGAGCCUGUUUUUAAAAUAACCCUAUUUCAAUUGUAAAGAAUGAAGAAGAACUAUUCUUAGCAGACCCCCUAGGACUCUGAAAUCCAGGGUCAGGACAGUAAAACACAUUAACAGUUAUAGCUUGGAAUCUGAAGUGUCAUUAGAAUUAAUUCAGGUUAAGGGCUUACCAUAAACUAUGAUAGUUCUUCACUGCAGAUUAUUCAAUUUAACUGUAUUAGGGAUUCUGAUGUGGGACGGGUUUGGGAAGGUGGGCGGUCAUAUCCUGAGCCAAGCUAAACAAUUUUGCCUUGGACCAAAUCCCAAAACCAUGUAAACCAGGAGAGACCCUCUCCUUUUCCUCAUUAGGGUCACGAACAUGAAACCAGUAAGAAAGAAAACAGCCUUAUUUGAUGCUGUGGUUUGGAACUGUGGCAGGUGUGAAAUGUGGUAACUGAUUCAAGAGCGUUUUAGAACCAAAGGUACCUGCUGGUUGGCAGGUUGGUCAUAUGAUGGUUUUGGGAAACAGUCCUGCCUACUCAACAAACACUGUAGCUGGAUUUCCACUCAAUUUUUACAGGCGCUGUAGGGUGAAAAUUAUAAUGUGACGAGGGAGAUCAGGGAGAAGAUUUUUUUUCCCUCUUUUUUUUUUUCCAAUUCUGUGAUGUGACAUUAGGGGCAGACAUAGGCGAAGACUGACUGAAACGGACAGUUUGUCAUAGCAAUACCUGGAAGAUUGACUGAAGCAGGCACAAGUCAAUAUUUAUCUGCUCUGCAAUUUUACUGUCUUCAAGUUGAAGGAAUCUGCUCCCUCUGAAAAUUGUACAGCACUAUAGAGCAAAAAAAAAACAAACAAAAAACAAAACUUGUUGGUGACUUUCUCUAUCUAUAAGAAACAGUUAAGGAUAUAGUGGCUUUUUAGUGGCAUCAAAACUCUCCAGUAAACUAUUACUGGCACCAAUGGGGUCCACUUUGAAAGUGGCUAGGUGCACAUGAUGGCUAAAUGUACAUUCAGUUGUCAGUUUAUUAGGAACGCCUAGCUGAAACUAAUGCCAUCUAAUGCAACAGUCCUGCAAUCUGUUUUUGUUGAAAAAAACAGAACAUUGUUAAAGAGCUGCCGAUUCAAGUGGAUGAUCAUUCUGGAGGAUGUAGUCUGCGGUGCUGUUAAACUGCACUGCGUUAUGUUGAGAGGUGUUCCUAUUAUUUUGUCCACCCCAUUCAAAUCAAUGAGGGUAGGAGAAACGACUGACACACCUCUUUGUAUAAUAAAGUACAGUUCGACAUCACCACAAAUUGCAGCCUCCAAAACGAUCAUACAGUUGAAUCAGUGCCCCCUUCAACAAAAGCUCAACAUUAUAAGCUUCAUGAAGGAGGAUUUAUUGCAGGAGUGUCGUAUUAGACUGCAUUCGUUUUAGUUAGGUGGACCUAAUAAACUGGCGAGCGAGUAUAGUAUCCAACAAUAGGUCAAAGAAAAAGAGCCUCUCGUUGUUUCAAGGGAAAGGGGGCAGUGUAAUUUCUGUUUCAUAAUGUAGGUUACUGUUUAACUGGUUACAGUAAACUGUCUCUUUCUUAACUCUAGUCUCUACUCAAAAAUAAUUAUAUUAAACGUUCAGAUAGAUAACUAGUUAACAAGCUAAUUUAGAGUCAGAAUAAAAAAUUCUAACAUCCGCUGGCAGCGGUAGUUUCUGAAAGAUAAAUUUGCUAGUACUCGCUGUAGUUUUAGGCUGCCAUUUUCUAAAACGAAAGUCAAGUUUUAAUAGAUAAAAACUGUCCCGUAAUAGUUUUGAAGUCAUUCUACGUAGCGUAAUCGUAAAAUACGUUGACGAAUUGAUGUUCCCUGCAUUCGCCGUGACUCCGCCGUGCCUCACUUGAGUAACAAGCUAACAUAUGACUUCGGAUUUGUUCGUUCAAUAGUAAAAUUGCAGGCAGUUUUUGAAAGGCCGAAAACAGCCUCACCUUCACCAACAUUUUUUUUCAUGUAUGGUGUGAAUUCCAAAAUGCUUCCGGACAUUUCUACUCCGAUGGGUUUAUGUCAUGAUGAUUAUCCGUCCGCGGGACUCUCUAGUUUCCUGCAUUUUGUAUUAACAGGGCACGCAAUAGAUCGGAUUUUAUGAACGCUUUUCACGAGAGUGCCACGCACGACCUGUUGUGCUUAUGUAGACUGUGAAUAUUAAAAUAGGAAAGAUCCUUUCAGAUCAAUAUUUAAUUUUUCUCAAAUUAAAAUGGAAUUUGACAUUUGAAAUUAAAAAGUGACAGCCCUGCCGAGGUUUUAAUGGCUAACAUGCCGACAUUUUUGAAAAAUAAUCCAUGAUAAUCUGUCAUCAAUAACGGAACACUUUCAACACGGCUGCCACAGGGUGUGUUGCGUCACCUGUAAGGCUUCUACACUUAACUGGACAAGGUGAUUGGAUGUGCACUGUGAAUGAAGUUAAUGUGUCAGACCGGUGAUAUGUUGUGGUUUGCACUUUUUCGACAAUCUGUGUCUUCCGGUUGAAAGCGCCGUAGGUUUCUCCAAAUCCUGGACCUACACAUAUAAUCUACGAAUGGUCAUGAACUUUCUGCGUCAUGAACAUCAUUGAUUGUUCUCAUGUUGUCUAACCUUGCAAUAAUUUGGCUAAAUGAUAUGUAAAAUUGAACACCCAUAUUCCAUGUUAUACACACCUAGUUUUCAAACAGGCUACACAUACAGUAGUAGGUGGUGGUGCUGUUGACUUUGUCCUCUCAAAAUGACAGAUUAAAGCUUCUAGGGGUAAGUUUGUAGACGUGCAGCUGCUCAUAUUUUUUUUAGAUAUUCAGUAUCUUCAAAUUUGUACAUUUACGUGACAAAAACACAUUUCCCCAUAGAGCUGUACUCUAAUGAGGGUACAGGAGCCAUUAGCAUGUAGACUGUUAUUCCAACUGAACUUUC